GAGGGGGCCGAAGUACGAAUGACGUCACAGUGUGCAAGUGACAGCCAUUGAACUGUAUUUAAGGCAGCAAGAUUUAAAUUUGAAACCAUUUUAAAUUGGCUUUUGUGAUAUUUAAAACUUGUUUUCAUUGUGAGAUCAGGUAAAGAUGUCGGGAGGUAUGAUGUGCAGUGUGGCAACCUGCAAAAGUAACAGGCGUAAGGUCACAGGUGAAAGCCUAAAAUUUUUCAGUUUCCCCAAAAACCUGGUAGUACAAAAACAAUGGGUACAAAAAUGCUACCAAAGAGAUAAGUUUGAUACGAAGAAAGAAAAGAUUUGUAGUAAGCAUUUUCAGCCCAGUGAUUACGAGGAUGAAGUGAUGGCUAAUAUAAUGGGAAUUCCUGCCAAAAAACUAAAAAUAGAUGCCAUACCAUCAUUGUAUCUACCAUUUUCUCGUAAAGAAACUAUCACUGAGUCCUCUAGAAAAGAAAGAGCUGCAAGACGAGAAGGAAAGGAUAUAGUACAAGCGUUGAUUCAAGAACCAAGCUUAGAAGUUACUGCUGCGAUUGAAGUUUCACCGAUAGUUGAACCAAUUGAACAAUCACCCAGCAUUAAUAUCUCAGGGACGGUAUUGGACAGUCGUGAUAAUGAGAUAAACAUCCUUAAAAGCCAGGUAGUCAAACUUGAGGAAGAAAAUAAGGCAUUGACAGGAAAAUUAAAAUUGUUUCAAGAAAGUGAGCAAAAGUUGAAACAAAAAAUUGCUGCAAUGGAAAUGCAACUAAAGGAAUUAGGUGGUUUAAAAUUUGAAAAGAGGGUGAAGGAAUGUUUUAAGGAUGUUCUUACUUCAAAUCAAGUGGACAUCGCCUUAAAGUCAAAGGCACGUUGGACACAAGAAGAACUAUCGAUGGCUUUCACGUUAAGAUAUUUUAGUAAAAGGGCAUACAUCUAUUUAAGACAAACUCUUCAUUACCCAUUGCCUGCCAUUUCAACACUACAGCAAUGGGCCGCAAAUAUAAAUCUAAAAAAUGGGAUAUUAGAUGAUGUACUGAGGAUUAUGGACACCGCUGGCCAAAUAAAAACACCCUUGAAGAGAAUUACUGUCCUCUCAUACGAUGAAGUAAAAAUAUCCUCACAAUACGAAUAUGAUCAAAAAGAGGAGGAGGUAAUUGGGCCAUUUUCAUAUAUGCAGGUUGUCAUGGCUAGAGGUCUCUUCGACAACUGGAAGCAACCAGUAUAUAUUGGAUUUGACCAAAAAAUGACGAAGCAACUUUUACACAAUAUCAUCACCCAUCUUCACACUAUCAAGUAUGAGGUUAUUGCUUGUGUAUCAGAUUGUGGAGGCGGCAAUCAAGGAUUGUGGAAGGAACUAAACAUUACAACAAGUAACACGUCGAUAGCACAUCCUGUUACUGGUAAUUCAGUUUAUUUUUUUGCCGACGCCCCCCAUCUAAUGAAAUUGUUGCGCAACUGGUUGAUUGAUACUGGUUUUGUCACCAGUGAUGGUGUUAGCAUAAAUAAAUUUCCCUUUGUCGCCCUUAUUGAGUCGAGAGUUUCCGAAAUCAGUUCGUGCCACAGGCUGACAACUCAGCAUGUUAAAUGUGAAAAAGCGCAGCGACAGAAUGUAAGACGUGCCUGUCAGUUGCUUUCACAUACCACCGCAACCGCCUUGAAGCGUUAUAGGCCUGGGAACGAUACAAUAUUAGCCCAAAAUGUAGGAAAUUUUACCGAACUUGUGAAUAACUGGUUUGAUGUAUUAAAUUCAUAUACCUCAACUGCUUCUCUUCCAACAAAAAAGCCGUAUGGUUUAGAAUUGGAAAUGCAACAUAAAUGCCUUAAUGAAAUGGAAGAAACUAUUGAAGGAAUGAGGUGUGUUGGAAAAAACGCCCUCCAGGUGUUUCAAAAGGGUAUCCUAAUAACUUCAAAGUCACUACAGUGCCUAUUUACUGAUUUGAAAGAGAGGCAUGGUAUUUCAUAUUUACUUACUCACCGCUUAAACCAGGACUGCCUAGAGAACUUUUUUUCCCAGUUAAGAACAAAAGGUGGUUUACAUGACCACCCUUCGCCAUUAAAUGCAAUUUACCGGGUACGGAUGAUUUUAUUAGGGAAAAAUCCAGGAAUGGUCCAAACGCAUUCCAAUGUUGAAAUACCAAAGGAAAUGGAUGGAGAGUACUUGAUGGCUGCUGCUGUCAAGCAGGCCCAACUUAAAAAUUUGGUGGUAACAGAACCAUCUAGUACUGAAGAAACCGAACUCAAUGAAAGCUUCAGUUCGGAGAGUACUGCUUCUGAUGCCCCAUUAAGAAAAUCUUGGGUGGAAGAUGAUGGUACUCAAUAUUUAGCAGGAUUUAUUGCUAAGAAAUUUAUACAUAAAUACCCAUACCUAGGUGGGCACAGUUACAAAGAUGAAGAGGCUCUUAAUUUACAUUCUUACGCCAUGCCCUCAUGGGUACAAAGUCUAUCGUUCGGGGGUCUGAUUCAGCCAUCGGCUGAGUGGAUGCGUCAGAUGCAAGUUAUGGAAACUUACUUUAUUAAAUUCCACAAAGAUAAUUUUUCUCCAGGUAAAAUAAUUAUUAAAAGGACAACAAACUACAUUAUCAAAAAAUUGCAAAAGAAAAAAAUAGAUGUUCCAUAUGAAUUAGUGAAAUCAUUUUCGAAGCAAAGAAUUUUUAUUAGAAUUAAAUAUCUAAAUUUAAAAAGAGAAUGUACUGAUAGAAAAAGAAGUUCUGAAGAUUACAAUAUUAUUAGUUAUGACAAGGGGGCUCCUGUUCAACUAUUUGCGGUUCCAGAGGAACAAGAUAUUCUUCAAGAGCCUGUAGAAAUCCCACUAGAUGAUGAUGUUAUGCGAUGCAUUAUAAACACACAUUCUGAUAUAACUGUACUUGGCACGGGACGCGAUUUUCUUGAUAGCAUCAUAAUAGAACAGAAAGAUGCUGAAAAUAUUACCACUGAACAAAUACAGCAUUUUAACCAAAAUACAGAUGCAGGUCCGUCUACAAAACCUACAGGCGAUUCGGUAAAUCUAUUUACGAGUGAAAUUAACUUAGAAAAUCAACUUGGAUUAAGUGCUAAAAUCACAGCUUCGGCAAAUAGUCUUGUAGAAGGUAAAGAUGAAGAUGAGUUGAGUACUAAUCAGGGUGGAAUCAUAGCUUCGGCAGACAACCUGCGAGAAGGGAAUGCAGAAGAAUUGAGUGCUGAUCACCCUGAAAAUCCAGUUUUGACAAAAACCGUCGGAGAAGAACAUGCAUUGGAACCGACCAACUUAUAUACUAAAGAGGGAAACCUAAGAAAAAGAAAAAAAUAUGACAUGUCUUUAGAAAUGCGAAAACGUAUAAAAUUAAACAAGAUAAGGGAAGACCAUAGGCCGUUGCAGUCGUGCGAUCGUGAUAAAUGCAAAAAAAAAUGCAAUAUUAAAAUCUCAGAACUUCGACGAUCUGAAAUCAAUCGGCAGUUUUGGAAUUUGUCUUGGUUAGAAAGGCGAACAUUUAUUUUUAAUACCUGCAAACGCUUGGCAGUGAAAAGGCGACCCAAGUCUGCAGAAAGUGAGAAAAAACAAAAUACGUUUAAGUAUUAUUUCCCUGACGAAAAAUUAUUAACUGAGGCAGUUACUCACGAAGUCUGUAAGGUAUUUUUCCUAACCACAUUAGGUUAUAAGAAAAACAAUGAUCGGGUGAUAACAGAAGUUUUAUCAAAAACUGAAAAAGGAAGUCUGCAACCAAAUCGAGACCAGCGCGGGAAACACGACAAACACAACAAAUUUGAACAUGAAGACUUGCUUGAACAGCACAUUGAAUCUUUCAACCCCACAAUCUCUCAUUACCGUCGCGAGCACGCGCCGCUCACAAGAUACUUACCCAGUGAUGUGAAUAUUUCCCUAAUGUUUGACGAUUUUAAAAAGAAAUACCCUAAUUUUAAAUUGUCAUAUGAAUUGUACCGCCGAAAAGUGAAGAGCUUACGUAUAUCAUUUGCAUCGCUAGGUCACGAAGAAUGCGAAGAUUGUGAAGAAUUUCAAUUGCAUGGCCAUCUGAAGGAUAAUCUACAACCUGAUUGUAAGCAAUGUGAAAUCUGGAAGAAGCAUAUAGAUAAAGCCAGUGCAGCUCGAAAUCUGUAUCGACAACACGCUGAGCAGACGUUUGAAGAUGGCACGAUGGAGUGCACUAGUGCAGAAACAAUCAGUCAUCACGUGAUUAGUUUUCCCGCGUUAACGGUGCAUCGUGACAGACAGCAGUAA